GCUUGCAUCGACGAGGGUUCCCAGUUACUUCCUUGUUAUCGCGCCGUGUUUGCCCUCUACGGCAGUGCAUGUAAUAACCAUGUCUAGGAACACCAGAGUAGUGCUGAUUUUCGGUGGCUUUGUCACUGCAGUGGCGGCAGCUUUCUAUCCUAUAUUUUUUCACCCCUUGAUGCACAUAGAUGAAUACAAAAAAGAACAAGCAGUCAACCGAGCUGACGUCAUCCAGGAAAAUGUACAGCCUGUAGGUUUGAAAGUGUGGUCCGACCCUUUCGCAAGAAAAUAGAGAAACCUGGAUCUCACGGAGACAGCCGUUCUUUUUAUUCCACUGUAAAUUAUGGUGAAUAGAUUUAUUUGUGGUGCUUUUGUAUAGAUAUAAAUAAAACAAGAAAUCAUU